AUGGUGCAGCCGCAGACGUCCAAAGCCGAGACCCCCGCCCCGGCGGCGCCCCCGAACGCGCAGAUGGAGGAUGUGAUCGACACGCUGACCUCGCUGCGCCUGACCAACUCGGCCCUGCGGCGGGAGGCGUCCACCCUGCGGGCCGAGAAGGCCAACCUCACCCACAUGCUGGAGAGCGUGAUGGCCGAGCUGACGCUGCUGCGCACCCGGGCGCGCAUCCCGGGCGCCCUGCAGAUCACGCCGCCCAUCUCGGCCAUCGCGUCCAGCGGCACACGGCCCCUGACCACCCCGCCCACUUCGCUGCCCGAGCCCUUCUCGGGGGACCCAGGGCAGCUGGCCGGCUUCCUCAUGCAGAUGGACAGGUUCAUGAUCUUCCAGGCGUCCCGCUUCCCCGGGGAGGCGGAGCGAGUGGCCUUCCUGGUGUCCCGCCUGACCGGGGAGGCCGAGAAGUGGGCCAUCCCUCACAUGCAGCCGGACAGCCCCCUGCGGAACAACUACCAGGGCUUCCUGGCCGAGCUGCGCCGAACCUACAAGUCUCCGCAGCGCCACGCGCGACGCGCGCAGAUCCGCAAGGCCUCUGCCUCGAACCGGGCACUGCGCGAGCGGCAGACGCUGUGCCGCCAGCUGGCCGCCUCGGGCAGCGGGCCCUGCCCCGUGCAUCCCGCCUCCAGCGGGUCAGGCUCAGCCCCAGCACUGCCCACUCGAGCUCGGAACCUUUAA